AUGUCUGCCGCGGUCGCUCCCAGCGUGUCGACUAUCUCGAGAACGAUUGCGCCCAUGGACUCGAAGAAGGACGUCAAGGAAGGACCAGAAACCGGACGGAGACACGCAAACAUCGCUGGGACCACCCCCCGACCGGCCGCGACAAGUGCGACCGACACGCCCGAUUACUUCAAUUCCGUGCACAACCCGUUCUCCCUGGAGCCCAACCCGUUCGAGCAGUCGUUUAGCGGAGACGGCUCCGGCGAGACUCCUGGAAAAUCGCUCCUGCCGCCGGUCGCCUCGCUCACGUCGCCGGCGCUGCCUGGAUCCAGUUCGGCUGGUGGUUACAACUGGACCAACUCGCUGCGCUCGGGGCCCUUGAGCCCGGCCAUGCUGCCGGGCCCCACAGGAUCUAGUGACUACUUUGACAGCAUCAAUCGAGGCUUCCCGACCCCGAACGAAUCGUCCCUCCGCACUGGUCUAACCCCCGGCGGCGGUGGUUCUAUGUUCCCGGCCCCCAGCCCCAACUCUCAAGCUCUCCUGCAACAACUCCAAAGCGGCGGCGCGACUCCCUCGACGAUCGAGUUCCACCGCACUGCACUUGCCGCCAAGAAGAAUAGUACGAAUGGUCCGACGUCUGGCCAGACCGAACAAGAACAACCACCGAACACGACGAUGGAUGUGAAAGGCUCUCAGAACGCCACCGCCGACUCCUUUACCCACCACGAUGCGGCGGAUGCGGCCAACGGCUUGUUUAUGCUGGCAAAGGGUGGCCAGCAGAUGAAUCAGCCCGCCAUGAACGAACAGACUCGCGCCGCGACGCGGCGCAUCUCGCACAAUACGAACGGCAACAGCGGCCGUGAGAUGAGCGGCGAAUCGGACCAGGUGGAGCCCGCGAAGCCUGCCCCCAAGGGCAAGGGCAAGAAGAACGCACCCAAGGGCGCCGCCGCAAACAAUCGGCGCAAGGCGGAAGAGCCCGCGUCGAAAGGCCCUAAUAAGAAGGCCAAGAUGGCCGAAUCGCCAUCGGAUGACAUGUCGGAUGAAGAUGACGAGGAUAUGAAGAUGGAUGGUCCGAUGGACACGAAGAAGAUGACCGAUGAAGAGAAGAGGCGCAACUUUUUGGAGCGCAAUCGGUACGUUUACUCCCCAUCUGUCUGUCUACUACUAGGUACUGACUGGUCGUGUAGUGUCGCGGCGCUGAAGUGUCGUCAGCGGAAGAAGCAGUGGCUGGCCAAUCUCCAGGCCAAGGUCGAGCUCUUUACUACGGAGAAUGAUGCGCUCACCGCAACGGUGACCCAGCUCCGCGAGGAGAUUGUCAACCUCAAAACCCUGCUGCUGGCGCAUAAGGACUGCCCGGUCUCCCAGGCCCAGGGUCUUGGCCCGCUCAUGAUGAAUGGCAUGUCGACUGGAUAUGAUCAUCAUCAUGCCUACAACAUGCCCAACAACAUGGGCAUGCAGCAUGGUGGACCGAUCCCAGCCCAGGGCAUGCGCCGUUAA